CAGACGCUCGAGGGCCAUACAGACAGGGUCCGCUUAGUCGCCUUCUCGCCAGAGGGCAAGCAGAUCGUGUCUUGCUCGGACGACAAGACGGUCCGGCUCUGGGACGCCGUUACAGGAGCGGCGCUACAGACGCUCGAGGGCCAUACAGAUACGGUCUGCUCGGUCUGGUCAGCCGCCUUCUCGCCGGACGGCAAGCAGGUUGUGUCCGGCUCGACCGACAAGACGGUACGGCUCUGGGAUGCCGUUAUAGGAGCGGCGCUACAGACGCUCGAGGGCCAUACAGGCUCGGUCUGGUCAGCCGCCUUCUCGCCGGACGGCAAGCAGGUCGUAUCUAGCUCGGACGAUAAGACGGUACGGCUCUGGGACACUAUUACAGGAGCGGUACUACAGACGCUCGAGGGCUAUAUAGAUACGGUCUGGUUAACUGCCUUCUCACCGGACGGCAAGCAGGUCGUAUCUAGCUCGGACGAUAAUACGGUCCGGCUCUGGGGCGUUAUUACAAAAGCUGUGCUAUAG